AUGUGCAACCAGGGCCUGCUUAAAAAACUGGUCGCGUUCCUGGAGUACUCGGAACGCGUGCCGGACGACGAGGACCACUGGAAGAUUCGGCUGAGCGUGGUGUGGGCCGUGCUGAAUUUGAGCUGGCGCGAGGAGACCACGGGGUCCGACCUCGACAACGACGACGACGACAGCGCCGAGGACAUGGACGUCGACGCGGGCGACGGCGCGCGCGGAUGGCCAUCUUCAACCUCGUGCUGUACGAAAACAAGAACAAGAGCUGAGUUUCGGAGCUGUAUGAGGGCUGUCUCAGGUCUAUUUAUAGCAUUUGCCGCGAAAUUGGGCCCGUUCUCGACGCACUGUGCCUGGUUGCAAAAUUCCUUUGAGGUCCGAAUUAGGAAUGCCGGAUCUGGAGCUAAAAAAAAAAAUCUAGCCGGGCUCCCAAAUCGGGGCCUCAAAGGACGACGUCUGAAUAUUUCAGACGUCUCAUAUUUCGAAACAGGACUUGCGGACCAGACUAUAUAA